AUUUUUUUUUUUUACUUCCAGAUAAUUUGUCUCUGUCGUCCAAAUCGCGGAAACACGUUGACCUGAAAUUGCCAACCGCAACUCAGGUAUCGAAGCCGUCUUACUGCCAGGCAAGCAAAGCAAAGUCAGCCACUAGAUAUCCAGGAAACAUAAGCCGACACUGGGCGCAACAAAUCAAGACUGGUUGAGGUGCGCGACAGGCUUCCACACUUUUUCGCUGAUGAAGAUUCUCUGGCAGCAUGAAUGCAUUGGGGGGAACUAGGGGGGAGCGAAAUGCAAAGCCCAAAUUCGCAGCGUUAGAUAUCAACAAACUCUACAGCACAAGUCGGGGAGAAUCUCUUGAACCAUCAACUCAGAAAAGUGCAGCUCCUCGUAAACAUGGAAUGCAAAGUUUGGGAAAGGUUCCCUCGGCUCGUCGACCGCCAGCAAACCUUCCGUCUCUGAAAGCCGAAAUCUCCAUUCCAUCGGAUCAGCAAGGCACCUGGGGUAGCGAAGCAGGAGACAACCAAAACAACAACUCUAGUAUUACUUCAACAUCAGCAGCACCAUCAGUAGCCGCCGGUAGCAGCACAAAUAACAACGCCACGGUUGGUGCCGGAGGUGUGCACAGCACUUCACACGCCAGCAGUUCACAGAUUCCCCACUCGGGCGCAUCAUCCUCUUCACAAUGGAGUUCGGUUAGUAUUCUAUUCGUUGUAUGUGACAUUAUCGUUCGUUUUCAAUCAGUUGGUUCGAAUAUAGGAGCACACAUUGACUCAUAGCUUUUUUGUACAUGC